AUGGAUGACCCCCCAAAAUGGAUGUCACAAUUCCAUACCGUAUACGCUACGGUUUUUGAACCAGAUGCAAAAGCCUAUCUAUCCAUUGCCGGUCGUAGGGAAGAUGAUGACGACAUUAUAGACGUCCACCCUUCGGAUAUCGCUUGUCAUGGAAAGGAGACUCUCCGUAUCAAUCUUAUGCCUGGUGUCUAUCGCCAGCUCUCACUAGACUGGCGCGCCCCCUUGACAUUGUAUACAACAGAUAUGUCACUGGAGGCAUGGGGCUAUCCCUUUCAUUCAGCAUGCUGGAAGAUGCUGACAGCGUUCCGACCAAUUACGCAGCAGGAUCUACAAACGUUAUUGAAACUUGGUCGCGCGAUGCCAAAGCAAAAGGGUAUGGUAAACUGGGGCCAUGACUACGGUGGGCGAGCAAGACAAAGACAUGCAGUAGCACCGGGAGAGGAAAGCAUUCUUUUGGCGCCGGUGUUCAUUGCAAACUACAACAUCGAUCCUGGUGACAUUAAAGUAUUCCACCACAUCUUUGAGAAUCACGGGCAGGUUUCCUCACAAUAUAACGACCGACCGGCAAUCAAGCUACGACAAGUAACACUAUCGGACACUUUCGCCAAGUUUCCCAACGAGAUUCUAUUCUUGAUUGUCGAACACCUCACUCUGGACGAUGUCACUUUACUGAAACAGGCCUCUCGUACAAUUGCGAAUCUUGAACUUCCAGCUGGAUUUUGGCGCAAUAUGUUUCAAGCGGGACAAACGUUCGACUACAUCAUAGAAGCACAGCAAUACUCGCAAGUCGCUUGGCGAUCCGUAUGUCGAGCGAUAAAAACAGUGAUAAACAGUGGUGCGUCCCAUCACUAUGCAAUAUGGCUCAGGAAACAUAGCUGGGGUAUGUCUCGUUUGCUCCACCAAUCUCUUGAAGCAAUGCAUGACCAGAGUGCCUGUCUCGGGGAUAAUCCCCUUUCGCUUGGCGAGUCGAAUGCACCCAGAAACUCGGAUGACUGGGUUACACGUGGCAUCAGAGGGCUUUCGAUUGUCGAUAAAAACGCAAGCAAAUCUCAGUGGAUUGGAGAUCACGAGGAUAUUCCCAAGCAAAAGCUUCGUUCCGGUUUGUUUGGGGAUUUGGUUACAGACCUCAAAUGUGGAUUUGACGGUGUCAAGCUUGUAAUGCUAUCGGUCAACGAAGCCACUUCGACCCAUUUAAACAACCUCGAAAUAGACGAGUUGAGGCAUCCAAUUUUAUGGUACCCCAGAGUUCCCAACCCGGAUUUGACAUUCCAUGCCAUUGAGGACCAUUUGGUGAUAGAUCCCAUUGGGGAAUUGGAACUUCCGAUAUGCUUCGCAACAUUCGCAGAAGAGAACCCUGAGAAACUUAGCCGUAUUGUGGUUCGACAUAGAGCUCUUGGAAGGAAUGUGUGGGAUGUCGAAUCCAUCGCAAUGGAGUCUUCUAGUGUACAAGAAACUUCAGAAUUGGGGCUCGGACGUACAGACCAUCGAUACAACCACCGCGAAGCUAUGGCUUAUGAUCACGAGGAAGCCUUCGAGAUCGAUGGACAAGGUGGAGAACUGAUUAACUAUACGACGACAUGGUGGCUGAACGGUAUGAUGGUGGGGUUGACGCUAAUGACAAACCGUGGCCGAGCAUAUGAUUUUCUUGGUUCGAUUGAUAAGUACCAACCGCCUGAUGGUUUACGGUUUUCUACUAAAGAACCCGGAAAUCGUACAAUCGUUGGCUUUUGGGCAGAUUUGACUAGAUUUACAGGCUUCCAUUGUUUGGGACUUGUACUCCGCUAG